GAAAAAAACACAACAUGCCUACAGUGCUUAACAACCCUUACUCAGAGAAUGACAAGCCGCAGUCCCAUGGGAGAGUUUCCCCCACUAAGACUGUGCAGAAUGGGAGUCCCACCAAAUGUCCCAGAUUCAUGAAAGUGAAGAACUGGGAAACCGGAGCUUUAUACAAUGAUACUCUACAUCUCAGCUCCAGCGAGGUUCCGAUCUGCACUGAGCAAGUUUGCAUAGGCUCUGUUAUGGUGCCAAACCAGCACAGUCGCAAACCAGAUGAAGUCCGAAGAAAAGAGGAACUGCUACCACUUGCAACUGAUUUUAUUGACCAGUACUACACAUCAAUCAAAAGAUGCGGCUCAAAGGCCCAUGUUGACCGACUAGAAGAGGUUAAAAAAGAGAUAGAAACUUCUGGAACGUAUCAGUUGAAGGACACAGAGCUGAUCUAUGGGGCCAAACAUGCAUGGAGAAAUGCAGCUCGCUGUGUGGGACGGAUCCAGUGGUCCAAACUACAGGUGUUCGAUGCACGAGAUUGCACAACCGCUCAUGGAAUGUUUAAUUACAUCUGCAACCACAUCAAAUAUGCCACCAACAAAGGAAACCUCAGAUCGGCUAUUACCAUCUUCCCCCAGAGGACAGACGGGAAGCAUGACUUCCGGGUGUGGAACAGCCAGUUGAUCCGGUACGCAGGCUACAAGCAGCCUGAUGGAUCUAUUCUCGGAGAUCCGGCUUCGGUGGAGCUUACAGAGAUCUGUAUACAGCAAGGAUGGAAAGCUCCAAAAAGCCGUUUUGACGUUUUGCCCCUUCUUCUCCAAGCCAAUGGAAACGAUCCAGAGCUUUUUGAGAUUCCUGGUGAUCUUGUGCUUGAGGUUCCCAUCAUACAUCCAAAGUUCGAAUGGUUUAAGGAGCUGAAUCUAAAGUGGUAUGGCCUUCCUGCUGUGUCUAACAUGCUGUUAGAGAUCGGGGGACUGGAGUUCACAGCCUGCCCCUUCAGCGGCUGGUACAUGGGGACAGAGAUCGGCGUCAGAGACUUCUGUGACAGCUCUCGAUACAACAUACUUGAGGAAGUAGCUACAAUGAUGGGGCUGGACACGAGGAAGACUUCAUCCCUGUGGAAGGACCAGGCACUGGUGGAGAUCAACAUCGCAGUCCUUUAUAGUUUCCAGAUGUCAAAGGUUACCAUAGUAGACCAUCACUCAGCCACCGAGUCCUUCAUGAAGCACAUGGAGAAUGAGUACAGAGUGAGGGGAGGCUGCCCAGGUGACUGGGUUUGGAUAGUGCCACCCAUGUCAGGCAGCAUUACACCUGUUUUCCACCAGGAAAUGCUCAACUAUCGCCUCACACCUUCUUUUGAGUACCAGCCUGACCCGUGGAACACUCACGUGUGGAAAGGGGUGAAUGGGACGCCCACAAAGAAAAGAGCAAUUGGAUUCAAGAAACUUGCCAAGGCUGUGAAAUUCUCCGCCAAACUCAUGGGACAAGCCAUGGCCAAGAGAGUCAAAGCAACCAUCUUGUUCGCCACAGAAACUGGGAAGUCGCAGGACUAUGCAAAAACACUCUGUGAGAUUUUCAAGCAUGCAUUUGAUGCCAAGGUGAUGUCCAUGGAUGAAUAUGACACCGUUGACUUGGAACACGAGACACUUGUGUUGGUGGUGACAAGUACGUUCGGCAAUGGGGACCCUCCUGAGAAUGGAGAGAAAUUUGGUGCGGCACUGAUGGAGAUGAGACAUCCCACCACCAGCGUAGAGGACAGAAAGACGUACAAGGUGCGUUUUAACAGCGUCUCUUCAUAUUCUGAUACCCGUAAAUCCUCCAGCGACGAACCUGAAUCCAAAGCCAACUUUGAGAGCACUGGACCACUUGCUAAUGUCAGAUUUUCUGUGUUUGGCCUUGGCUCUCGGGCAUACCCACACUUCUGUGCAUUUGCCCACGCAGUGGACACGCUGUUUGAAGAGCUCGGUGGGGAACGAAUCCUGCGCAUGGGAGAGGGAGAUGAACUCUGCGGCCAAGAGGAAUCCUUCAGAACAUGGGCCAAGAAGGUCUUCAAGGCUGCAUGUGACGUUUUCUGUGUUGGCGACGAUGUUAAUAUUGAGAAGGCUAACGAUUCCUUGAUUAGCAACGAUCGUAGCUGGAAGAAAAGCAAGUUCCGGAUGACAUACACAGCGGAGGCACCAACACUCACCCAAGCGCUUUACAGCAUUCAUAAGAAGAAAGUUUACGGGGCCAAAUUUCUGAUGAGACAGAACCUACAAAGUGCCAGAUCGAACCGAUUGACUAUAUUUGUGCGUCUUGAUACCAACAACAACGAGAGCCUGAAAUACUUGCCUGGUGACCAUUUAGGCGUUUUCCCUGGCAACAACGAAGUACUAGUUACGACUCUUAUUGAGAAACUGGAGGACGCACCGCCUGUCAAUCAAAUUGUGAAAGUGGAGUUCUUGGAAGAAAGAAACACAGCAUUGGGUGUGAUAAGUAACUGGACGGACGAGACUCGUAUUCCGCCCUGUACCAUCUAUCAGGCUUUCAAAUACUUCCUGGACAUAACCACCCCUCCAAGUCCCCUGCUACUGCAACAGUUUGCUCCUCUAGCGACUAAUGAGAAACAGAGAAAGAGACUAGAGGUGCUCAGCAAGGGUUUGCAGGAGUAUGAGGAGUGGAAGUGGUACAAUAACCCUACAAUAGUGGAGGUGUUGGAGGAGUUCCCAUCCCUCCAGAUCCCCUCCACCCUUCUCUUGACCCAGCUGCCCCUCCUACAGGCACGAUACUACUCCAUCAGCUCCUCUCCAGACCUCCAUCCAGGAGAGAUACACCUCAGUGUGGCAGUGGUGUCCUAUCGGCCCAGAGAUGGAGAAGGUCCUGUGCACCACGGAGUGUGUUCCUCUUGGCUCAAUAGCUUGGAAGAAGGUGAUACGGUGCCAUGCUUUGUCAGAGGGGCUCCAACGUUCCGUAUGCCAAAAGACAGCCAGGUCCCAUGUAUUCUGAUUGGUCCAGGCACUGGAAUCGCUCCAUUCAGAAGCUUCUGGCAACAGAGACUGUAUGAUAUUGAAAACAAGGGAAUCAAGGCAUGCCCCAUGAUCUUGGUUUUCGGUUGUCGGCAGUCACAGAUUGACCACAUUUACAAGGAAGAGACCAUCCGGGCCAAGAACAAGGAAGUGUUUAAAGAGCUUUACACCGCAUACUCCAGAGAGCCUGGGAGACCAAAGAAAUACGUCCAGGAUGUGCUUCGGGAGCAGCUGUCUGAAACUGUGUACAAAUAUCUCCGAGAAGAAGGAGGACAUAUCUACGUCUGUGGAGACGUCACCAUGGCCGGAGAUGUACUGAAAACAGUCCAGCAGAUCUUUAAACUGCAUGGAAACAUGUCUCUGGAAGAUGCCGGCUUCUAUAUCAGCAAACUAAGGGAUGAGAAUCGAUACCAUGAGGACAUCUUUGGUGUAACCCUGCGCACUUACGAGGUCACCAACCGUCUUAGGUCGGAGUCUAUUGCAUUCAUCGAAGAGAGCAAGAAAGACACAGAUGAGUAA